AUGCGGAAAAUGGCUGACGACAAGUACGUAGACAACAGUCCACGUAGCUCCAAUGUUGAUUCAUUAAUAGAGAAGCUAAGGGUGGAAAUAUCCAAUGACUCUGAAGAUGACUUCAUGAAUACAAGAAGACUGACUAUUCAGUCUACAGCAAACAGAGCAGACAUGACGAAUGAGACUACCCACGACAUCGAUAAAGAAAUAACUGAACUAGAGAACCUAAUUAAAAGGUUACAAGCAGAAAUUGUUGAGAUGACCGAAUCUGCGAGCAAACCUUUAAAUGAAUAUUACCCUGAUGAUGCUUUAAAUGAAGAAAACAGCUUUAUCAUCAGGGAUCAGGAUCAGGGAGAACGGCACUUGUCACCUCUAGUGAAAAAUGACAUAAACGACGAAAACGAUUUUAAAAUUAGAAAACACGGAUCGGAUGUCAUCUUCCCGGUCAUAUUGAAAGACAAUGGCUUGUUAAAUGAACAAGAAAAACUGUUUGCAGAAAAAAUGUCAAACCCCCCGACAGUUGUUUCUAAAGACGCAGACACUGAUAGUGAAGCUAUAGAUGGCGUAAGACGCAAUUUUUCAGUACUGUGGGAUGAUACGCCAAAUUCAAAUGACACAAAUUCUAUACCUAAUCCAAUCAUUAGCGAAAUGCAACCAAAACCCUUAAUAGAUCCGGCCUUGGAACAAGCAAUACCGGUAGGUGACCUGAAGUUUGUGAGCAAUAUAUCGAAACCACCAGAUAAGACUACAACAAUAAUUGCCCAAGUGGAACCACCUACUAAUAUUGACAAAAUUCACGAUGAUGACGACGAAGAAGCAGCUAAAAAUUUUGAUGAAGAUCACAAUCAAGACAUUGAAAAUACGAAUUCUAGCCCAACUGCCAACGAUGAUAUUUCAAAAAUAGAAACUAGUAGUUUUUCUAGCUUAUCUGUGAAUGACAAUAUUUCAAAAAUAGAAACAUUAAGUCUUUCAGAAAUUGUCAAUGAGCACGGAUCCGAAGAUCUACCUGUAACAUUGAAUAAUGAAGCUAUUAUUCAGAGUGAUCAAGUUAAGACCUUACCCGGUGGUGCGGAGAACCUUACCACUGUUACUACAGACCCAAAAAUCGCAGAUUCUAACAGAUCACCAUCUUCAGAAUCUAAAAAAUCUAUUCUCAAACUAAGCAAGAAAGAUUUACACGCGGCUCCUCCUAGUAAUACAACUGAACAAAUAAUAUCAACCAUACUCCCUAAAGAUAAUCUAAAUACUAACCAAGAGGCAACUAAAACUCCCGCAAAACCUGUUUCAAAAUCUGAAAGCAAUGACAGUGGCAUAAUGAAAACUGUCAACAAGAAAUUGCGUAAACUUGUGGGUAAAGUUAGUAAAGCUUCUAUAGAUAGCAACAAAAAUGAAACUAAGACUCAAAAUUCUUCGACAUCAGAUAGUGAUAUGUCAAAAAAGAAUCGGAAAUCUGCUUCUAAGGCAAAAAGUAAAGAUUCGCUGACACAAGACGAGAAGGGUAAAAACAAAACUAUACAUGAAUCAAAGUCUUCCACUAAUAAUAAAGAAACAGCUACUGCCAAACCUCAUAGGAGCUCAAAUUCCGCCCAUAAAGGCUCUCACAAGACAGGAAAGGUAAAGUCUAAAUCAUCUCUUUCUCAAUCCAGUAUUGAUAACCCCAAUUCUAGGAAUGAGAGUGAGGGCAAAAUAAAAGCAAUAAAGUCAAAAUCUAUCAAGUCUUUGAAUUCUGCUAAAGAUUUGAUAUCAAAAGUCGUAACCAAACAUGUUGAGAACAAAGAUAAUAUAGCGAAGGAAAAUGUACUAAAUACAGUCAAUACCAAAAUACCUAUCAACGCGACUGAAGGUCCUCAGAUUGUGGACACUGAAAAUAUAUUUGCUAAAAGUGAGAUUAAUUCAACUCAAAUACCUGUCACCGUCACAAAGGCAGUCAGUAACGCCGAUGUGAUUCCAAAGACUUACUCAGGCCUUACAGAAGAUUCAAUAGCUGAUAGUAAAGAUGAAUCUGCAAAAUUAGAAGCUGCAAAAGAAGUGAACACAAUGAUAGUAACAGAAGAUUUUGGUUCUAAUGCGGUAGAAGAAGAUUUGGAGGGCGAGGAAGAUCUAAUGGAUGAAGAGGAUUUGCCUAAUGAUAACGAUUCGACGCCGGGUGAUGAACAAGAAGACGAAAUGUUGGAUUGUGUUGAUGAUGAUGAUGAAGAAAACCCUUACGACGUAGACUGACUCACAAACUGAAAU